UCUACCAUCAUGUCACCAAUUCUGCAUGAUAUAAUGGAAUCCAAUACUAUUUCUUAUCAUUGAAAAGUUGCAUAGAAACUGUGUAUAAAUACAAUAAUUAUUUCUUAAAAUGCACAUAAUUUGCGAAAGAAUAUAGCAAUGCGUCUUCAGUGCAGCUAUUACUCUACAGUUCACUGGUAAUACGCCGUUGGCAACUCCAUCGUACUGUCCGAUUAAACUUGAAGUUUACACUAUGUCAGCUGUUGCUUAUGUUAAGAAAUUCACAGAUGGAAUUUUUGAAUAAAGGCUCCUGAUUUCCAUUUCAUAAGAAUUCGUUCUGAACAUGGAAUGUACAGAAGAGGUAGAGGCAGCUGCAGUAUGUGCUGAAAUGAAAGACAUUGAAGAACCAAUAUUAACUUAUCUCCACCAUCAACCACCUGAAGAAAUAGAACAGAUUUUCAUUAAAGAGGAGAAUCAAUUGGAAACUCCUGAAGAUCCUGACACGUGUGACCCACUAGAGUUGGAGAGAGAUGAGGUUGUGUCCGAGGAAGAAACCAUUUCUCCACCUGACGCUUCACACGUAAAAAAAGAACCUGAGCUCCAGAAUGAUGUGGAGUCGACAAGCUAUGACAGUGAACCAGAAAGGAACUGAUCACUGCAUGUUGGUGUCUCGCUGGAACUAAAAAAUACGAGAUCCUGCAAUUACAUUCUGAUUUUUAGAUGAUUGUAUGUAAAAAAAAGUUAAUUUUGGAUAUGCAGAAAUAAAAACUCUGUUAAUGAUAUUGUUUGUACCAUAAAUUAAUAACUGUAGUUCAGUGGUCUUAUAACCUUCUCAGGACACUACAGUAAAAUUUUCAGAUUAAUUCCAUUAUUAGAAUUUGAGUUAUGGCUUUUUAUAAAGAAGACAAUCAAAAAUUAAAAAUAAAGAAGACAAUCAAAAAUUAAAAAUUCAUAUUUCUGGCAAAAUAUUAAUCCUGCAUGUUGUAUUAUAUUUUUCCGCCAAAACACAGCACUUUUGAUUUACAUAUGCAAAAUUUUAGUUUUGUACAUUGAUAAAUAUGGCUGUAAUGAAUUUUUACAUUUUCUGCUACGUACACCCAUUGACUGAAUUUCUGUUUAUAAGGUACCACAUAGUGGAACUACAAGACAAAAUAAUAUACGCUCCCUAGAGGAAGAUUGUUGUGGUUCUGUGUAUAAUCCGCUAGAAUGGUUAGUUCUCUCAGAUAGACAUUGGUUUUAGCUACGACUAACUGCUUUUUCAGGAGUGAAUGUGAAACUAAUACACUACCGGCCAUUAAAAUCGCUACACCAACAAGAAAUGCAGUUGAUAAACGGGUAUUCAUUGGACAAAUAUAUUAUUCUAGAACUGACAUGUGAUUACAUUUUUACGCAAUUUGGGUGCAUGGAUCCUGAGAAAUCAGCACCUAGAACAACCACCACUGGCCGUAAUAACGGCCUUCACGCGCCUGGGCAUUGAGUCAGACAGAUCUUGGAUGGCGUGUACAGGUAUAGUUGCCCACGCAGCUUCAACACGAUACCACAGUUUAUCAAGAGUAAUGACUGACUUAUUGUGACGAGCCAGUUGCUCGGCCACCAUUGACCAGACGUUUUCAACUGGUGAGAGAUCUGGAGAAUGUGCAGCCAGGGCAGCAGUCGAACAUUUUCUGUAUCCAGAAAGGCCCGUACAGGACCUGCAACAUACGGUCGUGCAUUAUCCAGCUGAAAUGUAGGGUUUUGCAGGGAUCGAAUGAAGGGUAGAGCCACGGGUCGUAACAGAUUUGAAAUGUAACGUCGACUGUUCAAAGUGCCGUCAAUGCGAACAAGAGGUGACCGAGACGCGUAACCAGUGGCAUCACCACGUCGGGUGAUACGCCAGUAUGGCGAUGACGAAUACAUGCUUCCAAUGUGCGUUCACCGCGAUGUCGCCAAACACGGAUGUGACCAUCAUCAUGCUGUAAACAGAACCUGGAUUCAUCCGAAAAAAUGACGUUUUGUCAUUCGUGCACCCAUGUUCGUCGUUGAGUACACCAUCGCAGGCGCUCCUGUCUGUGAUGCAGCGUCAAGGGUAACCGCAGCCACGGACUCCGAGCUGAUAGUCCGUGCUGCUGCAAACGUCGUCGAACUGUUCGUGCAGAUGGUUGUUGUCUUGCAAACGUCCCCAUCUGUUGAUUCAGGGAUCGAGACGUGGCUCCACGAUCCGUUACACCUAUGCUGAUAAGAUGCCUGUCAUCUCGAAUGCUAGUGAUACGAGGCCGUUGGGAUCCAGCACGGCGUUCCGUAUUACCUCGCUGAACCCACCGAUUCCAUAUUCUGCUAACAGUCAUUGGAUCUCGACUAAGGCGAGCAGCAAUGUCGCGAUACGAUAAACCGCAAUCGCGAUAGGCUACAAUCCGACCUUUAUGAAAGUCGGAAACGUGAUGGUACGCAUUUCUCCUCCUUACACGAGGCAUCACGACAACGUUUCACCAGGCAACGCGGGUCAGCUGCUGUUUGUGUAUGGCAAAUCGGUUGAAAACUUUCCUCACAUCAGCACGUUGUAAGUGUCGCCACCGGCGCCAACCUUAUGUGAAUGCUCUGAAAAGCUAAUCAUUUGCAUAUCACAGCAUCUUCUUCCUGUCGGUUAAAUUUCGCAUCUGUAGCUUGUCAUCUUAGUGGUGUAGCAAUUUUAAUGGCCAGUAGUGUACACUUGCUCUUGUUACAUCAAGGAAAUAAUAUUCGUACUGCAUACUGUUUGCCCAUGAAAUGCAAGUCAAUGUCAAUUCCAUUUAUGACAAGUAUAGCUGUAAAAGUUGGUUACUUGCUGGAGAUGUUGCACAAAAUUACUUGAAUUGAAUUAAUAUGCUUUUUGCAGUAGUAGAUCAUUUUCUAAGAAAUUUAGUACGUUAAAGCAUGUGUAGUAAAUUCAUAUGUUACAACAGAUGUUCGGUAUGUUAUUUCAGUCUGUAGGUUCCACUGUAUGACAGCAUACGUUAGCAUUUACAGCGUAUCGUAACAAAUUAUUUGUAUUGCAAGGCACAGUUAAUAUGGUUUUUGUGUAUGUGAAGAAUUACAGCAUAUCAUAACAAAUGAUUUGUAUUGCAAGGCACAGUUAAAUAUGGUUUUUGUGUAUGUGAGGAAAUGGAAUAAAAGAUUCAGUGUGAUUUGGAACUGAUUAUAUUGUAUGUGUUAAAAUGAAGAAAAGCAUUAAA